CCUGUCUCUAUUUGCCCUUAUAAAAGCCCCUCCCCAGCUUUCCUUUGGGCCCCUUCAGGUACUGAAAGGCUGCUAUCAGGUCCCCCUGAAGCUUUCUCCAUAGACGUGCCUGUCAGCAUGAAAACUCGAGCAGCGAGCAGCAAACACCGUUCCUACACUGUCCACACCGAGGUGAGUCGACAGGAUCGCCAUAUACAGACGAUAUUGCUCGCUGUGUGGAGGCCGGAUCCCCACACAGCAGCUGAUGGCAGCAAGUCAUCCAUAGAACUGCUGCCGUGCCCGCGUUCCCCAGGUGUUCCGCCGCAUCCCGGGGCGCGCCGCAGCGGGAAGGCCGCCCCCUGCAGGCAUUUGCUAACUGCUGCCGCGUGCCCGCAGCGACCCGUCCCGCCCCGCGCACGCCUUCCAGCCGCAGCCGGCGUAACCCCGCGCAGCCCCUGCGCCCUGUGCGUGGGGGAGGAGAGAAGGGGAACGGGUGACGGGCGUUCCCGGGAGGAGGCGCGGUCACUUUCCGGCCCGCCGUCUCCGCGGGGGGGUCUCGUAGCCGGCCGUGCCGCCCCGGGGCCGGGGAAGCUAGCGGUGUUUCACAGAAAGACACCAGGAUAACAGCAAGUGAGAUCUUACAUCCUGCUUUCCAGACUGCAAGACCUUUACAUAUGAAGCUAAAAGAAAAGAAUGCCUUCCCAGCUGGCAGUAGGAUUCAGGUUCAUUCCCUCUACAGACUUGCAGCAAUUAUAGGGGUUAUGUGGCGGAGGCAGAGGAGGCAGCCGAGGACAAUAAGCACCCUAAUGACUGUGACUCAAAACCACUUCUGAAACUGAAAUUUCCCCUUCGUAUCACUCUUCUUAAAAGCAAAUUCACAAUGUUACAUCAACAGCUAAUAAUUGUCUUUGGUAUAUCACUAGCUGGAGAUAUAUGUGCAUCUAGAAGCUGCUAUUCAGAAGACCAAGUGUCCAUGUAUAAUUUCUGCAACCUCACAAGUGUUCCACCUGUGCCAAAGGACACUGCAAAGCUUUUUCUAACUUACAACUAUAUCAGACAAGUGACCACAACUUCAUUUCCACUGCUGGAGAAUUUGUUCUUGUUGGAAAUUGGAACACAACAUGUCUUUCCUCUUUACAUAGGAAAAGAAGCUUUCAGGAACUUGCCAAACCUUCGUGUCUUGGACCUGGGGUUCAAUAACAUUCUUCUGCUGGAUCUUGAUUCUUUUGCAGGUUUGCAACGUUUGACCAUACUCCGUCUGUUUCAGAACAACCUUGGAGAUUCCAUCCUGGAGGAGCGUUACUUUCAAGAUUUGAGCUCAUUAGAAGAAUUGGAUCUUUCAGGAAACCAAAUCACAAAACUUCAUCCACACCCCUUAUUUUAUAAUCUAACCAUCUUAAAAGUUGUGGACCUGAAAUUCAACAAGAUAUCCAACCUGUGUGAAAGUAAUCUUACCAGCUUCCAAGGAAAACACUUUUCAUUUUUCAGCCUCAAUUCUAACUCUUUGUAUAAGACAGAUAAAAUGGUCUGGGCCAAAUGCCCCAAUCCUUUCAGAAAUAUUACAUUUAACUCACUGGACGUUAGUGAGAACGGCUGGAGCACAGAGACAGUCCAGUAUUUCUGCACAGCUAUUAAGGGGACUCAAAUCAAUUAUUUAUCAUUUCGCUUUCAUAUAAUGGGCUCAGGAUUUGGCUUUAAUAACUUUAAAAAUCCAGAUAAGGAUACAUUUACAGGACUAGCAAGAAGUGAUCUUCGUUUGCUUGAUAUUUCCAAUGGAUUCAUUUUCUCUCUCAAUUCUUUAAUCUUUAAAAGCCUUGGUAAUCUGGAAGUUCUAAACCUUUUCAGAAACAAGGUAAAUCAAAUCCAAGAGCAAGCAUUUUUUGGGUUGGAAAACCUAAAAAUUCUCAAUCUCUCAAGUAACCUUUUAGGUGAGUUGUACGACUAUACUUUUGAGGGGCUACACAGUAUAAUAUAUAUUGAUUUACAGCAAAAUCAUAUUGGGAUGAUUGGUCAAAAAUCUUUCAGUAACUUAGUAAGUCUGAAAAUAAUUGAUCUCCGAGACAAUGCCUUAAAAAAACUCCCUUCCUUUCCACAUCUGACUACUGCCUUUUUAAGUGACAAUAAGCUGAUGUCUGUAGCUCACACAGCAAUAGCAGCAACACAUAUUGAAUUAGAGAGAAACUGGCUCGCAAAUCUGGGUGACCUGUAUGUUCUUUUCCAAGUUCCAGAUAUGCAGUAUCUCUCCUUAAAACAGAAUCGCUUCUCUUACUGUGAAAAACAUGUUAAUGCUAUAGAAAAUAACCAGUUGAUUUAUAUGGAUCUAGGAGAAAACAUGUUACAGCUUGUGUGGGAGAGAGGUUUAUGUUUGGAUGUGUUCAGGACACUGUCUAAACUUCAGAUUCUAUUCCUGAACAACAACUACCUUAGUGCUCUUCCACAGGAGAUUUUUAGUGGUCUAACAUCUCUCAAAAUACUUAAUCUAGCCUCCAACCUAUUGUCUCACCUCUCUCUUGGGGUUUUUCCACGAAGCCUAAUAAACCUAAACUUGUCUGGAAACCAGCUUUUUUCCCCUAAGCCUGAAGUCUUUAUGACUUUGAGUAUUCUGGAUAUAACACAUAACAAAUAUGUCUGUGAUUGUGCUUUAAAAAGCCUACUAGUGUGGCUAAAUGAAACCAAUGUAACCCUAGCUGGCUCAGAGUCUGACAGGUACUGUGUAUACCCACCUGCAUUAGCAGGGGUACCAGUGUCACUUCUGACAUAUGAUGAUUGCGAUGAAGAUGAACUCCAGCAGACACUCAGGUUCUCAGUAUUCAUUUUCCUUUCUGUCACCCUUCUGAUGUUUCUGAUGUCAGCCGUUGUUUUUACUCGCUGUCGGGGGAUUUGUUUUGUCUGGUAUAAGACCAUCACCAAAACUUUGAUAGGAAGCCAUCCACCAGCAGCAGAUACAAGUGAAUACAUGUACGAUGCAUAUUUGUGCUACAGCAAAAAUGAUUUCGAAUGGGUCCAGAAUUCCUUGCUGAAGCACCUGGAUUCACAAUAUUUUGAUAAAAACAGAUUUACCCUGUGCUUUGAGGAACGAGAUUUCUUGCCUGGGGAAGAACAUAUCAACAAUAUUCGUGAUGCUAUUUGGAAGAGCAGGAAAACAAUUUGUGUUGUUACCAGGCAUUUUCUCAAAGAUGGAUGGUGUGUAGAAGCCUUUAAUUUUGCCCAGAGCAGAUACUUCAGUGAUUUGAAAGAGGUUCUCAUUAUGGUAGUAGUUGGGUCACUUUCUCAAUAUCAGCUGAUGAAACACAAGCCAAUUCGAAUUUUUUUACAAAGAAGUCGAUAUCUGCGUUGGCCUGAAGAUUAUCAAGAUAUAGACUGGUUUUUAGAUAACCUUUCUUCCCAAAUUCUGAAGGAAAAAAAAGUGCAAAGGAAUGUCAGUGGUAUAGAGCUGCAAACUAUAGCGACAGUCUCACACUGACAGUUGAUGGGUCACUAGCUU